UAAAUUAAUAGGUAUCAAAGAUUAUCAUAACUAAAUCGGAAUAACAUAUUUUUAAAUCAAAAACAAAACAUGUAUAACAUAACGAGACACCUAUAUACAUAAUAUUUUUAUUCUGAUUAACUAAUAGUAUUUGAUAGUUGUUAAGAGUUAUGUUUUCUAUCAGUUUAGCCAUAAUACAUGUACCAAUAAAUGAUUAUUAAUCGAUUGAUGUCAAGUUUCUCGUUGAACUAAAUAAUACUUAAUCAGUAACUAUAACAAUACUUUAACAUUUGGUUGAAAUUAGUUGCUGCAUUAUUUAUUAGAUUGGUAUUAUUCAUCAAGCAGAUUCAAUGGAUUAUAAAUUUCCAAAGGAAUUUAUGUUUGGCGUUUCAACUGCUGCAUAUCAAAUAGAAGGAGGCUGGAAUGAAGAUGGAAAAGGAGAAAAUAUAUGGGAUCGUUUAGUUCAUACUAGUCCGGAAUUAAUAAGAGAUGGAACUAAUGGAGAUAUUGCCUGCGAUUCCUACCACAAGUAUAAAGAAGAUGUAGCACUUGCAAAAACUUUAAAUGUGAAAGUAUAUCGUUUUUCUAUAUCAUGGGCUCGAAUAGCACCAUCCGGAGUAACGAAUUCUUUAAAUCUAGAAGGAAUAGCAUAUUACAAUCGCCUUAUUGAUGAACUUAUCAAAAACGAUAUUAUUCCAUUGGUUACAAUGUAUCAUUGGGACCUACCACAAUAUCUUCAAGAUCUUGGUGGCUGGGUUAAUCCAAUUAUGUCAGAUUAUUUUAAAGAAUAUGCACGAGUGUUAUUUACAUAUUUUGGAGAUAGAGUAAAAUGGUGGAUAACAAUCAAUGAACCAAUGGAGGCUUGUAAAGGUUAUGCUAUUAAAGCCUACGCCCCAUAUUUAAAUUUACACAAUACUGGAUAUUAUUUGGCAGCUCACACACAACUUAUUGCACAUGGAAAAGCCUAUAGGUUGUAUGAAGAGAUGUUUAAACCUACACAACAAGGAAAAAUAAGUAUUUCAAUAAAUGGAUGUUUUUUCAUACCAAAAAAUGCAGAGUCUGUUAAUGAUGUAAAAACUGCUGAAAGAGCCAAUCAAUUUGAGAGAGGGUGGUUCAGUCAUCCGAUUUAUAAAGGGGACUAUCCACCAUUAAUGAGAAGAUGGGUUGAUAAAAAAAGUAAAGAAGAAGGUAGACCAUGGUCAACAUUACCAACAUUUACAGAAGAUGAAAUUAAAUUAAUUAAAGGUACUGCUGACUUUUAUGCUCUCAAUCAUUAUUCUUCUCGUUUGGUUACUCAUGGAAGUGAUUCAGAUCUUCAUUAUAAUCCAGAUGCAGAAUAUGUUACUUCUGUAGAUAAAUCUUGGUUAAAACCAUCUGUUGCACAGUGGCUUCCAGUACCCGAUGGAUUAAGACAACUUUUAAUAUGGUUAAAAAAUGAAUAUGGCAAUCCUCCUUUGAUUAUAACAGAAAAUGGAUAUGGAGACAACGGUCAAUUGGAUGAUUUAGAUAGAAUCAAUUACAUCAAGAGCUAUUUAAAUGCCAUGUUACAAGCAAUGCAUGAAGACAAUUGCAAUGUUGUAGGAUUUACUGUAUGGUCAUUGUUGGAUAACUUUGAAUGGAUGGAUGGUUUUUCAAUUCAUUUUGGUUUAGUUAAGGUAGAUUUUAAUGAUCCUAAAAGAACUCGUACACCAAAAGAAUCAUACAUGUUUUUUAAGAAUGUAGUAUCAACUGGCCGAUUGUUGUAUUAGUUAAACAUCUUUGGCUUAGCUGAAUUAUGAAAAACAUUCAAAUUUAUUAUUAUUUUUUUUUAAAUUUUUUUUACUUCUGUAACAACUUAUCAUUGAUUGUAUACAAUUAUAAAAUAGCUUUAAGAUUCAUUUAAUUUAUAGUUAUUAUUAGGUGAGUGACUUAUUGUUAAAAUUUGAUAAAGUAUGAUAUGUUGUAAUGUGUUUUUAUAUAAAGUUUUGAAUGCACGUUUUUGGAUUUUUCAAUCAUCAGCAAAGGUCAUCCAAGAUUGUCAAUUGAGUUUGUAUUUUCAAGUAAAAUAAUCAAAUAAAUAUUAACUUAAAAUAUAGC